AUGAUAAUAAUUAAAAAAUACCUGGUAGAGGAUUGUUUUAAAAUAGUUUUAAAAUUAAGCAAGAAUAUCUUGAUAAGUAUAAUUUAAAGAUAAAAAAAUAUCCAUGGAGGAAAUUUCUUGAGAAUUAAUAAGGAAUUAGUAAAUGUUUUUGAAUGGAUUCAAGUUGAGUAAAUUAAAACUCUAAGUCAUUCUAAUUACACUGAUAUUUUGAUUCAAAUUGAAUUGCUCACUAAUACAUAUACCUAAGUUAUUAAAAUUGACCAAAAAAAUUAAAACUCCGAAUAAUUCUUUUAAUCGAUCAAGGAACUGGUAGAAAAAGUCAUGAAAUCCUUAAGAUACAAUAUCUGUACUUUGAUCCUAAAGGGAAAUGUCAAUAUUGAAUAUUUGAAAGAAUAUUUACAAAACUUACAAAAAAAUUUGAAAAAGAAACAAUCUGAAGACUCAACAGUUACAUUUCCCAAAACUUAGAAUGUAGACCCAUCUUAUAUGUAAAAUUAAACUGUUUAUCCGGGUAAAACUACAGGUGCAACAAGUAAUAAAUAAGAAUGGUUAAUUUGCAUAUGAAGCCACUCUUUAAGAUGGGAAUUAAUUGUUGAUGCAUCAUAAUCCAAAUAGCAAUAAUGAAUUGACAUUUAUGAAAAAAAUUAAUGGUAAUGGUGAAAAUGGAUAUUCAAAAAACUGGGAGAAAGUAGGAAAACCAAUACAAACUUAAUCAGUUACAGUAUAAGAGCUUUAAUAAUCAAUAAAGGGAUAAAGUGAGAAAUUUAACAUGUAACCCAUUUAAACAUAUGCAAUGAAUUAUCAAUUGUAAUAAGCGAAAAUAUAAGGGUAAUUAGGAGGAGUAAUAGCAGGAACAAUAGGCAGUUUGACUGUUGACUUGAUUAUGGAUGGAAUGGACUCAUCAAAAUUAGAAAAAGGUUUAAUAGUUUCUGUUCCUAUUUAAGGAGGUUUAAUUUAUACUUAAAGUGUACAAUCUUUUAGUAAAGCAGUUCCUUAUGUUGGAGUUGGAUUAACAGCAUUGAUGACAAGCAUUUCAGUAGGAGGAGUAAUCUUGUCUGAUUUCUUGUCUUAAGGUGAGAAAGUAUAUAAUUCUAUGUUAAUUGCUAUAAAAACUGUAAGUGCUAUAGGAUUGGGUUAUUUAGGAAUUGAAGGUGGAAUGGCAUUAGGUGCUACAGAUGGUCCAAUUGGAAUUGUAAUAGGUGGAAUCAUAGGAGGUUUUAUUUGAGAGGCGAGUAGUAAUUUCUUUGGGAGAGCUAUUGAUCAUUUUACUUAGUUUCAUUUACAAGUUGAUUUUCAAAAUAUUCUUAAAUCUAAAGUUGAGAAUGGUGAUAAAUUUAAUCCAGGCAUACUUCCUAAGAUAAGUUGGAAAUAUGUCAAGGCUAAAGUAAGGAGUCUAAUUUUAAUUGCAUAAACCGACAAUCAUAUGGCUUGUUUAAUUCCAAAUAUUGAUAGAAAUAGAACAGAGAUCUAAGAGAAUGAAGAUAUUGGGAUUAGAUUGAAUAAAUAUAAAUAUAUAGGUCCUGAUGAUUCUUGUAAAAUUAUUACAUUUAGGCUCCUUGCAACUACAGAGGAAUAUGUUUAUGAUGAUGAAAUAUUGUAGUAAUUAUAAACUAAUGAAAUAAAAAUUAUUUAUAUUGCUUAGGUCAAAAUUAAUUAAUAAAAUAUUAAAUAAUUAUGA